UUGACAUGGAUGAUGAAGACGGCCGGUGCCUGCUAGAUGUAAUUUGCGAUCCUCAGGCCUUGAACGAUUUUUUACAUGGAUCCGAAAAGCUGCACGUACAAGAGUCCUCCGGCAACCAUCUGAGCACCGAGCAGAGUCAGCCCACCACCAGCGUGGACCUCGACUUUUUAGAAGAUGACAUCCUGGGGUCACCGUCCAGCAGCGGGGCGAACCUGCAGAAUUCGGACCAGCCCUGCGACAUCCUCCAGCAGAGCCUACAAGAGGCCAACAUCACCGAACAGACGCUGGAGGCGGAGGCCGAGCUGGAUCUGGGCUCCUUCCAACUUCCCACCCUUCAGCCGGUGGUGCAGACGGCCACCGACGGCACCCCGCAGAUCUUCUCCGGCGGAGCCGACCUGAUUGGCCUGCAGCAACCUGCCGUCCUGACGCACCAAGCCCUGGUACAACCGUCGGUGGGAGCAGAUGUCGUCAACAAAGCCAUCAGCGUUCAGCCUUUCCUCCAGCAGGUCGGCUUGGGGAACGUCACCAUCCAACCCAUCUCCAACCUCCAAGGCUUGCCCAACGGCAGCCCCAGCGGGACGCUGGGCAUCGGCCCCAUUCAGGUGGUGGGGCAGCAAGUGAUGGCCAUCAACCAGUCGACGCAACAGAUCAUCGCCAAGCAGGUUCAACCCUCCCAAGUGGCCACCAUGCCCGUUGGCAGCUACAUCACCCAGACGGCACCCGAACAGCAGCAGGUCACCCUCGCCUCGACAGGGGUCUCUCCGCAGGGCGCCGGUCUCGUCAUUCAGAAGAACCUGCCGACGGUGGCCACCACAACGCUGAACGGGAACUCCAUGUUUGGGAGCGUGUCCGGGACUCAAGGCUCCCAACCGCUCACCGUCACCUCGAACUUGAGCAGCCCCUUGGUGCAGGCCCAAAACGUCAUCAUUCACCGGACACCCACCCCGAUUCAGCCCAAGCCCGCGGGGGUCCUCCAGCAGAAACUGUACCAGAUCACCCCCAAGCCCUUCGGUUCCAACAACACCACCCUGACCAUCCAGAACGAAGCCGCCCUGCAGCAGCAGAAGGCCCAGCAGAACCUGACCUUCAUGGCCGGCAAACCCGGGCAGAACGUGGUGCUCUCGGGCUUCCCCCAAGGGCUUCCAGCCAACGUCUUCAAGCAGCCGCCGCCGCAGCAGCAAACCCUGAGCAAGCCCAUGAGCGUCCACUUGCUAAACCAGGGCAGCAGCAUCGUCAUUCCCGCCCAGCACGUCCCGCAGGCCAUGCUGCAGGGCCAGAACCAGUUCCUCCUUCCCGGGCAACUGGCAG